AUGACUUCUUCAGACCGAAGUGAGACCCCGGACUCGGACGGUGACCGAAAGCCUGGGGCCCGAGAUGACUCGAGCCAGCCCGCCCGCAAACGGCAGCGUGUCCGCCUGAGCUGUCUUGAGUGCCGGCGCCGAAAGCUAUCCUGCGAUCGAGGCUUUCCGUGUGAGCGUUGCAUCAAAAGCGGCACGCCUGAUCGCUGUAGCUAUGAGUCCCGCAAUGGAGAGGUUGUAAAUGCCUCGUCGGGCGUCCCGCCUCCGUUUGCCCAACUCGACUCCCGCCGCUUCGUCGAUCCCGCGAUAGGUCUGUCCCCACGAGACCCCGAACUUAUGCGCCAAGAUCACGACCGAAUCCGUCGAUUAGAGCUUGAGAUAGCUCACUUGAAGAACCAAAUUACCCGACCUGGUGCGUCUUUUGAUGGGAGCACCAUCGCUGGCACGACUACCUCUCCCCAAACAAAAGAUGAUCCCAAUUCGAACGCCAACGUCGAGGACCCCUCGGUCCGCGAAGUACACGAGUCCAUCGAAGCUACCAACAUGUCGGGCGAAAAGGGCGAGCUUCGAUUCUUUCGAGGCAGAGGAUUUCGUACGCGAUAUUUCGGCCCACACAACGCCAGUAUGGCAUUCGUUGAGUUGACAGGGCUGUGUCCAUUCAUGAAGGAGACGGCCGACGAAUGGCUCCGUCCAGUCAUUCUUCACGAUCGUAAAGAUCGGAAGAGAAGGCGCGAGGAUCGUGAGAAAGUCUUUGAGGACUCCGAUAUGGAGCUUGAGGCACUAUUGCCAAACAAAGAAGAGUCUGAUGCUCUCAUUGAUGUUUACCUCGACCAAUUCGAGCAGGUGCAUCGCAUUGUUCAUAUUCCCACUUUCAAAAGAGAAUAUGCGGAAUACUGGACACCAGGUUCCAACAAGCGCUACGCUGCUUUCACGGCGCUGAUCCUUUCCAUGAUGGCUGUAGCGAGCUGUGUUCACACUCAUGAGAGCCUCAAGUUCAUCGGCAUGAUGUCGAAUGCUCGUCACUGGGCAGAGCGAUGGAUCAAGGCAUGCGACGAAUGGUCAUCAAAGCAGAGCCAAAAGCACCGACGCCUGAUUCACUAUCAAGUAGCUUGCCUCCUGUACUUGGGCAAGCGAGUCAACACCAUCAAAAAGAAGCGUUUCUGGACAGGCUCCGGGGCUUUGAUUCAAGAUGGAAUUGCUGUCGGCUUGCAUCGUGAGCCGAGCCAUAUGGCAGCCAAGAUCACUGUCUUUCACCAAGAAAUGCGCCGAAGAAUUUGGGCAACGGUACAGGAGUUUGACAUGCAGGCGUCAUUUGACCACUGUCUUCCUACUCUUGUGAGCCAGUUGCAUUAUGAUACCAAUGCACCUCGCAAUCUAGAUGAUGACGACUUUGACGAGAGUACCACUGUGCUUCCGCCAUCAAAGCCUGUCAAAGAAUACACGUUCUCCUCUUUUCAGCAUUUGGCUCGCCAGAGUCUGCCUUUGCGCCUGGAGCUCAGUCGUCUUUUGACCGGUCCAUCGUCCGAGAUUGAUUACGACCAAGUCAUUCGAUACACCAACGACUUGACCCAGGAGAUCGAUGCACUUCCUUCUUGGGAUAUGAAUCUAGAAAACGUCAGAGGCAAGAAAAAUCCUUUAAUUGCAUACACUCUGUUGCACGUUCAGUUGAGGCAAUACAUUAUCCCCUUGCAUCAACCCUACCUCAAACUUCGCAAGCAAAACUCCAAAUAUCAGUACUCCGAAAUCAUAUACUAUAACGCAGCGCGCGAUAUCGUUUUAUUGCAUGAUAAACUUUACGAGCAAGGCGUUCGAAGCCUCAAUUUCCUCCGCGAGGAUGCCCUCACAACGGCCAUCAACCUCUGCAGCGUUACUAUGUUACAGCCGAGAGGUUCCACCAACAUGAUCAUGAUCAAUUCCCAUCAUACACUCAAAUUGAUUGAGAAGUGCAUUGCGAUGAAAGAAGACCGUCUUUUGCGGUGUGGCAACAAUGAGCCAUGGGGAUAUUCUAUUAUGUGUGCAGCAUUAGGAUUACUUGAGGCCCACCUGGGUACCAAAGAGCCCGAGGUCGCCAAGUCAACAUCAGCGGAGCGCUUUGUCAACUUGCACUAUCGGCUCCUUGCUAACCAGGAACCUCCUGUGUCCGGGGAGCAACUGGCAGCCGCCAUGAACGGUGUGCCACCAGGAAACAUGGGACCCGGGCCUACGCCCAACAUACCGCUGCAUGACCGGCCAAAGGUAAUGAAGCUCGACUUCCAAGGCAGGGCGUUUCCUAAUAUUGGUAUCCAGUCGGUGACCCCUUUCUCAUUUACGCCAACGAUGCCCGUCGCUGUCCCGAUCGACCCGAGUCAGGCCCCGUGGAUGAUGGGAGGGGAUCCCACCCAACCCUUCAACCUGGAUCCGAGUCUGGAGUUACUAGGGAUAAACCUUAACGAGAUUUGGGGCGAGUCCUGGGAACUGGGCUGA